GUUAGAACUUAGAAAAUGAGAUAGAGAGAUAUAUUCUCUUUAGUCAUCGUGGUUUUUGGUGUUUUCUUUUGAAAUCAAACAAUUUAAAAACCAGAUCUCUGUAAGAAGAGUUUUAAAGGGUUUUGUUUUCUUUUGUUUUGUUUUUUUUGUUUUAAAGUUUAGUAGAUAGUAUAUAUUUGUGGGGAGAGUGUUUUAGAUUUAAGCUUGAGUUGUGCUUUUCUAGUCUCUUUGGUAGAAUCAGAGAGAGAGGGAGAGAAAGAGAUUCACUAUUUGAAUAUACCAAAGAUCUAUCUGCUUGUGUUUGGAAAAAUGCUUUUUUUUUCUUUUGUUUUGUACCCUUUUUUAGCCUUUUGAAAGCUAGUUGUUUUCUUCCAACUAAUUUUCAAAAACCAAAAAAAGAAAAAAUUAUGUCUGGUGAUGGGUUUUCUGUGCCUGAUUCAAGAGGAGGGUUUGUUCAAGAUCAAAAUAAUGAAAACCCUAACCCUAAAUCUUAUCCGAAUCCUGUUAAGAAGAAGAGAAGUCUUCCAGGAACUCCUGAUCCAGAUGCUGAAGUUGUUGCGUUAUCUCCCAAAACUCUUAUGGCUACAAAUAGAUUCAUAUGUGAAAUAUGCAACAAAGGUUUCCAAAGAGACCAAAACUUACAGCUUCAUCGCAGGGGUCAUAAUCUUCCAUGGAAACUCAGGCAAAGAACCAACACAGAAGUUCGGAAGAAGGUUUAUAUUUGCCCUGAGAAAACCUGCGUUCACCAUGAUCCAUCCAGGGCUCUUGGCGACCUCACUGGAAUAAAGAAACAUUAUAGCAGAAAACAUGGAGAGAAGAAGUGGAAGUGUGAGAAAUGUUCAAAGAAAUAUGCUGUUCAAUCCGACUGGAAAGCUCACUCUAAAACUUGUGGUACUAGAGAGUACAAGUGUGACUGUGGGACACUAUUCUCCAGAAAAGACAGCUUUAUCACCCAUAGAGCUUUUUGUGACGCCUUAGCUGAAGAGAGUGCCAGACUCACUUCCGUUGCAGCCACAAACCUAAACUUCGGAAAUGAUAAUGUGAAUCUGCCUCAUGGAUUUGCUGGCCCAGGAGUUCAAGAUGUUGCCGGAAUUCCUCAAUUUGGUUCGGGUUUUGCACAAGAUUUCAAUGGGAUGUCUGCAGCAGGUUUGCCUAAGAUGGUUCGAUUGGCUUCAGGCAAUCUCUUUGGCUCAACUUCACUGACCAAUUUCGGUAGCCAGGGUCACUUCCCUGGAUUUGACAAGAGUGGUGUUACUUCAAAAAAUUCCAAUCUCUCCUUAUCGCCAUUGCCACAAGUGUUAAAAGAAGAAGAUGAAAGCAAAGGCAAUUUGAUGGAAAGGUUGCCGUCUCUCUAUCCUGAUACUCAAAACAAGCAAUCCAAGCCGGCUGCACCCAUGUCCGCGACUGCACUCUUACAAAAAGCAGCCCAGAUGGGUUCAACAAGAAGCAAUCCAUCGUUCUUUGGAAGCAGUUUCGGUGUAAUGAGCCCAUCUUUUUCUCAUACAGCUAGUUCGAGUUCAACACAGAAUGGAAAUGAUCAGCUGCACCAGGUUUAUCCAAAUGUGAAGCAACAAGAGAAUUUCAUGGCAUCAAGUAGUGUAUCAACGAGUGCUGAUGCAGGUCUCAGAAGUUCCAAUUUGAAUUCAUUGACCAGUGCAACAAGCAACAACCUUGAUCAGCUCAUGUUGCAAACAGAAGCAAAACAAGGUGACCCAAGUCAAUUAAAGAUGCACCCUGGUCCAAAUUCCAUUGAUCAAAGCCUGACUAGAGACUUCCUUGGGAUGAGCAAUGAUCAAUCCUCUCGUCCAUUUUUACGCCAAGAACUAGCCAAAUUUGCAUCAAUUGGCUCAACCAUGGGCCUGAGUCAAUUCGCCAGCAACCACUGAGCUUAGCUACCUACCUUUCCAAAUACCAUUAUAGCUCGUAUAUAAAAAAAAGUGCAGCAACAAUAUACGAUCGUAGUCUUAUACAAUAUAACUGCAAUAUAGUUUUAGAAAAGCUGAAAAAUGUGGGAUCGAGAGUUGGAGUCUCGGUGUACAAGGCAAAGCAAAAUCAAACACCCAGAAAAAGCACAGAAACUCAUCUUGUGAAUGAUCAGUGAUACUGCCGAGGUGGCCCCACUUCCACGUUUGAAAGUCUAAACAAUGGACCAACUCCAAGUCUUGCAUGUACUCUUUGUUGUUGUUAUUGUUGUUUUGUUUAGCGUCUCAGCUCUCUUAUGGUUUUUUCAAAGUUAAAGUAAACUAAAGUAUUUGGUUGACUGUUAAAAGUAAAGCGGCUAAGUCGUCAACGCGUUGGUUGGUAGGGAUUAGGAGAGAGACCAGGGGAGAUUAAUUUGUACUCCAUUCGUCGGUUCAUUUGCAACUUGU